AUGUCUGAGGGGACCGAGGAACAGGAUUUUUUUAUUGUAACUGUUGACGACAGUGAUGAUAACAAUGAUUGCAGUAUUGAGAUAGUGAAAGAUUCUGAAACAGCAGAUAAUUCCACUGAUGACAUAGCAAAUGAUUUCACUUAUGACACAGCAGAGAAUCCCACUGAUGACACAGCGACAGAACCAAAUUUUCCAGGCGGCAGUGAUGACCAUCACCGUCCACUCCAAAUGUCGUAUGGGUCUCACUCUGUCACCCAGGCUGGAGUGCAGUGGCACGAUCACAGCUCACUGCAGCUUCAACCUCUUGAGCUCAAGCAAUUCUCCCACCUCAGCCUUCCCAGUAGCUGGGAUGACAGGUGCAUGCCACCAUGCCCAGUAGCCCAUGGUGACCAAACCAUUUCACAGAUCAAAUGCCCAGUACAUUUAAGAAGAUACAGUUACAACUCAGAAGUGGAUUUGCCAAAAAGAGGAAGAUUAUCUACUCCAGAGGUACAGUCUAGCAUACCACCACCAGCAGAAAGGCAGGAAACCCAUGCCUGGGCCAGCCCUGCUGUAACAUCUCUUGAGUCAGCGGCAUGUCCUGAACUGCAGGAAGAAUACCUCAGUGAGAGUUCAUCAUAUCCCAGAAUUGUCUCCUCACGUUCAUUACAGCCGUAUGUCGCACAAGGUGGCUCAUUUCCUUGUUUCGGUAUGCCAUGUAACUUUAUCAGUGGAGGUGCUGAAAGUACCCAUGCUGUCAUCUCAUUUGCCAAUCCUACUACAGCAGUACCUAUGGCAGGUCUGUCACGAGGAGAAUCCAGUCUGGCAAAUAACCCUGGUGUGGUGAAUUACUCUGCUCUACUGGAAAAUGAAAAUGUGGGCCCAGAUAAAGCCUCGUCAUCUUUCUGCAUCCAUCCCAAUUUGGAAAUGCCAGAAAGACCAGUAAACAGCAGUAAAAACAGCGCUGAGACAGUGAAUUGCCCAACUUUAAUGGGAAAUUACAGUGGCCAAAAUACUGCCUCUUUAUCUGUCUUCAUCCCUCCCUAUUUUGCUGAGAAAAUUAUACUUAUUGAAAUGCCAGGAACAACAGAAACCAGCAUGGAAAAUAACUCUCAGACAGUGUAUUACCCAUCUUUAUUGGGAAAUACGAGUGCCCCAAAUCCAGCGUCUUCAAAUCUUCCCAUCACUUCUAAUUUUGAAUCUGGCCCACAAAUGAAUUCUGGGACAAUGAGUUACUCAACUGUAAUGAAAAAUAGCUGUGACCAAGAUGAUGCUUCAGCAUCUGCCUGCCUCACUCCCAAUUUUGCACUGUUACCUCUGGACAUUUUAGUAAAAGUAGACACCAACACGGAAAACAGCCUCAACACAAUGAAUCGCUCAACUUUAUUGAAGAGUGACAGUGGCCAGGAUUCUUCCUCAUCAUCUGUCUGUUUCCCUCCGAAGUAUGGCUAUCUUGGUGAUCCAAAAAGAAAUGUCAAAGUAUUUAAAACUCAUUUGCUGGCCGUACGAAAUAUUGCCAAACCUAAGCAAGCAGCCUGCUAUUUGGUUCGUGUUUUGUUCUCCAAGGAAAUCCUGAUUAGCAACUCAGUGGGUAUCCAUUUGAAAGACAGCCAAUCCCUUGACCCAAACAAAAUGGCUGCAUUGAGAGAAUAUCUGGCAACAACUUUUCCCACCUGUGAUUUGCGUGAACAUGGAAAAGACUGGCAGGACUGUAUUUCUGGUAUCAAUUCUAUGAUCUACUGUUUAUGUUCUGAAGGCAAGAGUACUCCAAAAACUGUUCGCAAAAAUAAAAAGCUUACCAACCCUGUUGCACCAGCAUCUGCAAAUAGAAAUAACCGUAGGGACAGAGAUGGUGGUGAAGGCAAUUCUUGGAUGUUUCAGCCAAUGAAUUAUUCUGAAAUGAGAGAAAAGGGGAACUUGCAGCCAAACAGUAAUGCUAUCCCUGAAGAAAUGCAAGAACCUUCCACUGAUAAUCCAGAGGAACCUGGUGAAGCAUGGGGCUAUUUUGGAAGACCUUGGAGAAAUAUACGGAUGCCAUAUUCAGUACUGACUUUGGCAAAAGCUAAGUCUUGCGCAAGCCUGUCAGCUAGAUACCUUAUUCACAAACUCUUCACAAAAGAUGUCCUGAUCCAAAGUAACGUCUAUGGAAGUCUAAUGCAUGGGCUGUAUGCCCUUGACCCUAAUAAGAUUAGUGCUCUCCAAGAGUUCCUCCAAGAAAACUACCCAAUUUGUGAUCUCUCAGAAAAUGGAAGGGACUGGAAGUUGUGUGUGACCUCCAUGAACAGCAGUAUCCGUAGCCUUAGACAUAAUGUCAGAAGUGCUGAAGCCAGAUCUCAGUCGUUUCCAGCAGUGACCCCUCCAGAGUCGGAGCAGGAGUCAGUCAAGAGAUCCCAACGCCACUGA